AUGAUCGAGUUCAUCGACUACCGGCGAGUGACGCUGGAGCCGACUAUCAUCGUGGACCGCUCGCGUGGCGAGAAGCUGGAAAUUGAUCUGGACAUCACUUUCCCGCGCGUGCCCUGUUUCCUCCUCUCGCUGGACGUGAUGGACAUCUCAGGGGAGCGCCAGAACGACAUCACACAUGACAUGGCCAAGCAUCGUCUGUCGGCGAGCGGCGAGGAGCUCGAAGUCACGCGCUCCGGACAGCUGAAGGGCGAGGCUGAGCGUGCUGCUCAGAACCGUGACCCGAACUACUGCGGCAGCUGUUACGGCGCUCAGGCCCCUGAGAGCGGAUGCUGCAACUCGUGCGACGACGUCAGGAAAGCGUACUCGGAGUCGGGAUGGCAGUUCCCCAACCCCUCGACGAUUGAGCAAUGUGUCGAGGAGAACUGGGCCGAGAACAUGGCCCAGCAGAACACGGAGGGAUGCCGCAUCGUCGGCCAGGUCAAGGUCAACAAGGUCGUUGGCAACCUCCAGUUCACGCACGGCAAUGUCUUCACCCGCGGACACACUGACCUGCUCCCCUACCUCCGUGACGGCAACGUGCACCACGACUUUGGUCACAUCAUCAACAAGUUCCGCUUCACUGGCGAGAUGCCCGGUCAGCUGUACCACCGCAGCCAGAUCCAGAAGAAGGAGGACGAGACGCGCAAGGAGCUCGGCAUCCAUGACCCCCUCCAGGGCGUCCGUUCGCACGCGGAGAACGACGGUUCCAACAUCAUGUACCAGUACUUCGUCAAGGUCGUCUCGACGGCGUUCGUCUACCUCAACGGUCAGAACAUCAACACCAACCAAUACUCGGCGACUGAGUACGAGCGCGACCUCAAGCACGGCAACCUCCCGACCAAGGACCAGCACGGUCACGUCACGACGCACUACACGAACGCGAUCCCGGGUGUCUUCAUCAACUACGAGAUCUCGCCGAUGAAGGUCGUGCACACCGAGACCCGCCAGUCGUUCGCCCACUUCGUCACCAGCACCUGCGCCAUCGUCGGAGGUGUCCUGACUGUCGCGUCGCUCAUCGACGCCGCCAUCUUCAACUCGCGCAAGCGUCUCAUGGGCGAGAAGGAGUCCUACGGCGCGCUGAGCGGUAAGAUGAUGUAA